AUGAAGUUGCUCUGUCGCGGCCGCGUCUUGAUCUCUGCUUUUUUGGCGUAUCACCUGUGCAUGGUUGUCGAAAGUACUACUCUUCAGCCUGGACAAGUAGUUCAGUUCACGGUCCCAAAACUCAAAGGCAUUACGGGCCGUCCUCUAGGGACGUCUUGUGCGUACCAUGAGAAGCAGGACACGCAGCUUUAUGAAUGGUUGUUGGACACGCUGUUUUUUGCAGUCUAUUGGACCAGAGCUGGAGUACCGGUCAAAAGCUUCUUUGUCUGUGAUGACUGGAUGCUGCGCAGUAGGGUACCAAACAUCGGGUGGUCCGGAUGCUCUACCACAACAUCAGUCUACUUCGUGCAUGUGAAGACCUUUUGUCUCGUCAUCAUGACUAUGCCCUAUAUCUGUCGACGAUGUGCUGGUGGGAGGCUCGCAAACGCUCAGUGUAGAUCUUUUGUGAUUCGAGUCGAAAAGAGUGACUUGCAUAUCACGACAUCUCCUCUUUCCAUGUGCACCUUGACAGCGUAUGUAUAUCUUCGAUCAGAUUCUCCGACUUCAACGCUUCGCUACCUUGAAGAUGGAGUAGAGGCAUGCGGUGGUGCCUCAGGCGAGGACGUUCCUACAGCACAAAUAGCGGUGACUCAGCAAUGCAGAGCCCAAGCGGGUACCAUACCCACGACAGCUACUGCAGCUACAUUCCUGUACACUCUCAUCGUCGGAUGGAUCGCCGCUCACACCACCAAGUAA